AUGCUGACCCGCCUGUUCAGCGAGCCCGGCCUCCUCUCGGACGUGCCCAAGUUCGCCAGCUGGGGCGACGGCGACGACGACGAGCCGAGGAGCGACAAGGGCGACGCGCCGCCGCCACCUCCUCCUGCGCCCGGGCCGGGGGCUCCCGGGCCCGCCCGGGCCGCCAAGCCGGUCCCCCUCCGCGGAGAAGAGGUGUCGGAGGCCACGCUAGCAGAGGUCAAGGAGGAAGGCGAGCUGGGGGGCGAGGAGGAGGAGGAAGAGGAGGAGGAGGAAGGGCUGGACGAGGCGGAGGGCGAGCGGCCCAAGAAGCGCGGGCCCAAGAAGCGCAAGAUGACCAAGGCGCGCCUGGAGCGCUCCAAGCUGCGGCGGCAGAAGGCGAACGCGCGGGAGCGCAACCGUAUGCACGACCUGAACGCCGCGCUGGACAACCUGCGCAAGGUGGUGCCCUGCUACUCCAAGACGCAGAAGCUGUCCAAGAUCGAGACGCUGCGCCUCGCCAAGAACUACAUCUGGGCGCUCUCGGAGAUCCUGCGCUCCGGCAAGCGGCCGGACCUGGUGUCCUACGUGCAGACGCUGUGCAAGGGUCUGUCACAGCCCACCACCAACCUGGUGGCCGGCUGCCUGCAGCUCAACUCGCGCAACUUCCUCACGGAGCAGGGCGCCGACGGCGCGGGCCGCUUCCACGGCUCCGGCGGCCCGUUCGCCAUGCACCCCUACCCGUACCCGUGCUCGCGCUUGGCGGGCGCACAGUGCCAGGCGGCCGGCGGCCUGGGCGGCGGCGCGGCGCACGCCCUGCGGACCCACGGCUACUGUGCCGCCUACGAGACGCUGUACGCGGCUGCGGGCGGCGGCGGCGCGAGCCCGGACUACAACAGCUCCGAGUACGAGGGCCCGCUCAGCCCCCCGCUCUGCCUCAAUGGCAACUUCUCGCUCAAGCAGGACUCGUCGCCCGACCACGAGAAGAGCUACCACUACUCUAUGCACUACUCGGCGCUGCCGGGCUCGCGGCCCGCGGGCCACGGGCUGGUCUUCGGCUCGUCGGCUGUGCGCGGGGGCGUCCACUCUGAGAAUCUCUUGUCUUACGAUAUGCACCUUCACCACGACCGGGGCCCCAUGUACGAGGAGCUCAAUGCGUUUUUCCAUAACUGA